UAGUAAUACUUAUCAAUAACAAACAGAGAAAAAGAAAAGAAAAGAAAAGAAAAGGGAAGAAAUGUUCGUGGAUCUUCACUCAGAUCCCCUUUUCAAGGAAGUGAACUAGAGGGGGAGAUUACAAACAGAAACCCUAUUUCCAUAAUUAACACUUAAAGAGAGAACGAAGAAAAAAUGGGUGCUUUCGUGAAGCUACUGGACUUUCUUCUUUUCACCUACUUUUUAUUCAUAGCCAUUGUUGCACCAUUCUUUGAUGGCCAAGCUGCUCUUCCUAAACACAUGUUUCCGCCCGUGUUUGUUGACCUAAAAACCUGGUACACUCAAGAAUAUGGUGACUAUUUGGUUUCUGAAAAACCCCAUUUCUUUGUUGGGUUAAUUUGGUUGGAGCUUCUUUUUGCAUGGCCUCUCUCUGUCAUUACUCUUUCUGGGAUUGCUGCUGGAAAAUCUUGGGUUAAUACUACCUGCUUGGUCUAUGGUGUUUCCACUCUCACAUCAAUGGUGGCGAUACUAAGUGAAAUGGUGGGUUCCCAGAGAGCGUCGGACAAGUUGCUGAUGUUGUACUAUCCAUUUCUAGGAUUUGCUGUUUUAGCAAUUUUACGUGGUCUGAUACCUCAUUCUGGCAAGACUGUGAGCAUUGGAAAAAGAUCUGCUAUAAGCAGGAAGAAGAGGGCUUAAUCUUUCAACUCAGAUGCUAUAAUCGAAUAGUUUGUAUUUCUUCCGGCAUGGGUACCUAAAAACCAUAUCAAUUUUUAUUGUUGGUUCUUUUUUUGUUUCCCCUGUUGAUAUUAAGGUCUGAUGCUUGGGUAUGAGUUUUUGACAUAAACAAUCACAAAAUGAGUUGUAGUUUCACAAUUACUGGAAUUUUGUUAGUUUGAAAAGCUUGAUGUGAUAUUUUUCUUAAAA